CUCCCGACAACUGGACAUGCUCCUUCUGGAUGGCUGGCCGGCGUUGCAGUGCUCUACAUGGUGGCCGUGGCUGGAUGUGUGGUGGCCCUGUCUGGAUGGCUUCAACCAAACGGUGGGUUUUUUCCUAGUUUAUUUUGAACUUUUAAAUUUAAAAAUGAAUUUUUUUUAUUUUUAUGUAUGUUCUUCAUGUGGUGGCCUUUGGAGAAUAUGCUAA